AUGAUGCCACAAAUGGACACUAAACAUCAAUUGGCAAUUAUGGUUGCUACAUUCACACUUCACAAUUUUAUUCGAUUACAUGAGUUGGAUAUACCCAUUGAUAGUGGUAUAGAAAUCGAACCAAGAGCAGAUUAUGAUUUGUUUAACGAGAAUCGUAAAGCUCUAGUGAUGGGAAACUUAAAAGCAAUGGUUCAUUUGCCAAAAUGUGUUGCACUGAAAGCAACAUAUGGUGACGCACCAUUUAAGUAUUUGGGCGUAGAAGAUGAUGGCAAACUUGCAUAUUCCACUGAUAAAGUGGUGAGCGAGCAAGCCAAGUUUGCUGUAGAGUCUGCUGGUAAUGGCAUUGCCCAUAUUAGAUCUUGCUUUAACAACAAAUACUGGGUCAGGUACAGAUCAUCUGAAAGCGAAAACUGGAUAGUUGCAGCAGCAAAAGAUCCGGUGGAAGACAAAACGGCAUGGAAUUGUACUUUGUUUAGGGCCAACGUUAGCGAUGAUGGCAAGACGGUGAAAUUUGUUCAUGUUCAACUUGGAAAAAAUGUAGGGAGACGUGAUAUUGCCUCGGAUCGUGACAUGUACUUGUGUUUGGAACCUCUUGCCACCGCUGAAGACGUAUCUACCGUGGUGGAUUACGGAACCAUUGUUGUAUUGCCCCGAUAUAUUGCACUAAAGGACCAAAAUGGUUUCUUUCUCAAUACAUUUGAGUUUUUGACCUCGAUUCACUUUGUCUUAUUCAUGAAUAAAGAUGUGGGACAGACAGGAAAUGUAUUAGAGAUCUUUACCACGCGUGAUGGCCACAUUUAUCUGAAGAGUGUUACUUUAGGUUUAUUUUGGAGAACCAAAUCCCCAUCUCAUGACCCAGCUAUUGAAGGUGUAACUACUUGCACUAAAGAAUACGAAGACGAAGAAAAUGAUCCUACUGAUACCGACAUGUUAUUUUCAGUGGCUAGCGUUGCCAAGGGUAUUGUUGCUCUUCGUCACCUAAACACUAACAAAUUCUUGGAAAGGAUAGAGGGCAGUCAAAGGAAAGGGUCAAUCGUAGAGCCUAUAUAUUGUUUAAACCGCACUUCAAAUACUAUAACAAACGAGGCGGUUCACUUAAGAGUGGUGGAACCUAUAGUGAAGCGAGAAGUCAAUGUUUUCGAAUUCCAUCUAGAUAGAGCUAGGAUCUACAGUCGCAAGCCUCUCACGUUGGCUGAAGGAGUAGUCAAUAACCCAACUGACCAAGUGCAAGACUACACACUUCAACUUACCUAUACUAAAACAUCGACUUCAACUUGGAAUACAAGCUCAUCCUGGGCUGUGAGUACCAGCGUUUCAAUUUCUAGCGGCAUCCCAGUCAUUGGAGAGAUAUCCAUUGAAAUUGGAGCAGAAUACUCAGAGCAGUACGAUAUGGGAGGAUCUGUAGAAGAAUCUGAGCAAGUGCAAAGCACUUUCACUGUCAAAGUGCCACCCAAGAAGAAAGCAACCGUAAGUGCUAUAGCAACAAGAGGAAAGUGUGAUGUUCCCUAUUCGUACGAUCAGGUUGAUCAUAUGCCUAACGGAGAUAUCAAAAGGACUACUAUGUCAGAUGGUGUUUACACUGGUGUUAAUGCCUACAACUUCAGUUCCCGUGUUCGCUACGAACCCCUCUGAUUGCCUCCAUAUCCAUCAAAUCAUUGGAACUAUCAACAACUAUGUUGCCCAUCUUGUUUCUUUCUUGCUAGCUGUGUGUUUUACAUGCAUUUGCUCAUUGUUUGGUUUUUCAAAUUUUCUGAAUUAUGCUCCUAUAUAAACUUGUGUGUCAACUCUUUCAGUCUCGCUCCCUUAGCCUAAC